UCCCCUACCUGCCCCAUGCUGAUUCCAUUCUGGAGGAAGGGCCUCCCUCUUGAUAAACAGCUCUUUAGGCCCAGUUGCCAAAACACAAACUUAGCUGUUUCUUUAUCACACCUUCCUUUUUUUAAUUGACAUUUCCACAGUAGCAGGUUUUAAUAUGAUGGUAGCUUAAGAAACUGUGCACCAAAAUGGCGGCUACAUUAUAUGAUAAUGAGAACCUCAAGGGCAAAAAGAUUUUAGAAGAACAGUUGAAGGUAUGUGGCUUUAGGACAGAUAAAGAAGUCACAGAUUUGUACCUUGGUGGAAAAGGAUUAAAAGAAGUUCCUGAUUUAUCACGAUUUCAUAUGCUAACAUACUUGUGGCUAAAUAAUAAUAAGAUUCAAGAUCUGGCUUUCUUGAAGCACAACUGUUUCUUGGCAGAACUAUACCUCAACAACAAUGAGAUCAGAAAUAUAGCAGGUGCUCUAAAACAUAUACAUUCCUUGAAGAUUCUGCUACUACACAACAACCAGCUGAAAAAACUGGAAACAACUGUGAAAGAACUACAUAAAAUACAAAGCUUACAGACCUUAAACCUGUUUAAUAACCCUUUGUCACAAGAUUGUAGAUACCGUCUGUAUGUAAUAUACCACAUUCCUUCAGUAACACUGCUUGACAGAAAAGAAGUAACAACAAAAGAAAGAGAAUCGGCUCUGCAUAUCUACAACCAUGAGAAGACACUUGUUCUCCAGUCUAUAGGAUUUGGAAAGAGAGUUGAUGUCCCAUUGUUGCCUAAGCCAGGAUUUAGCCUGACACCCACCAAAAUCUUGCGAUUGCCUCCAGGUUGUGAAUUUGGAAAUCACCUGGUUAAAAUUCCAUUUGAAAAUCCAGAAGAUGCUGUCUUUGUGAGGGCCAUGAACCGCUCUGUAAUGGAGUUCUCAACUGUGGACUGGGGGAAAAUGCCUACCUGCGAAGAAAGACGCCUUGACAGCAAGCCAGAAAAAAGGCCAGAGAGACUGACAAUCAAAUUCAGAUAAAAGUAUCUUAGCUUUGAAAACUGUAUCCUGUAGGAACCCAUCUUCUGCCUUUACUCCUAUUAAAUGUUCUUGUGAACCUCAGUUA